GCCGGGGGGAAGUGACAUAAGAGGCGGUGCGGCCUGGGAACGGCGAUCCGGACGCGGGCUGGCAUGUCGCCUCUGAAGCGGUUUGCGCCUUUCUUUCGGGUUGGAAACCACUUGUUCAAAGGCCGCGGCUCCGGGGCGGCUGGAGGCACUGGAGUCCGUCAUGCCGGUGGCGGGGUGCAUAUCGAGCCUCGGUAUAGGCAGUUUCCCCAGCUGACCAAGUCCCAGGUGGUCCAGGCCGAGUUCUUCAGUGGGACCAUGUGGUUCUGGAUUCUCUGGCGUUUUUGGCAUGACUCGGAUGCUGUGCUGGGUCACUUUCCAUAUCCAGAUCCUUCCCAGUGGACAGAUGAAGAACUAGGUAUCCUCCCUGAUGAUGAAGACUGAAAGUGUCGAUUGAACUCUUUACAAGUGGGAGUCAGGCGAAAGUUUCAAGCGAUUGAGGACUUCAUAUCGUACCUGAAAGUUGUACAUUAAAGUGUUUUGGUCAACAGUGA